CUGUUCGAAGACGCCAUUCAUGUUGAUGUUUGCCUUGUGCUCCAUUUAACUGCUUUCGUUGUUUGUUGCUGCUUCUUGUUAUUUCGUUGCUGCUGUUACGUUUUGUUAUUGUUUCUUGUUAUUGUUUAGUUUGUUUUAGCAAACAUGAGUGAUUCCCAAGAAACGCUCUAUAAGUGUGAGGAAUGCAGUUCAGAGUUUAAAAUGCGAAAGAACCUCUACGCCCAUAUGAGGAAAGUUCAUGAACUUGAUAUCCAUGUGUCUAAAAAAGGAAAAGGCAGUGAAUUGUGUCCCCAGUGCGGAAUUGCAUUUAUGAGAUGCAGUUCAUUAAAACGUCAUCAAAUAACAGUGCAUGGCAUGAAGUCGGAGGAAAACAGUCGGAAAUGCCGCAUUAUUUGCCCACAGUGCUCUCUCUCGUUUCUCACCUAUGACACACUGAGAACACAUAUUCAAGAGAACCUUGACGUUAGUUUUGAGUGCCAGGAGAUAGAAUUUGGUUGUCUUGCAGAAUUUGAAGAGUGGAAAAUUUCUUACGAAAAAGUAAACCAUGUUCGUUAUGUAAUGAAUUGUUCGGAGCAGGAGCGACUAGAAAAACGUGUUCGAUAUUACCACUGCCAUCGCUCUUUCAAUUUCAAUUCUAAAGGAACAGGUGCCAGGUGUGUCAAAAGUAUGGGCACGAAUAAAAUAGGCAGUACUUGUCCAUCCAACAUGCAAGUGACAAUAACAGAGGACAAAUGCUGCUUAAAAUUUUUUCCAAAACAUAUGGGACACACCCAAGAUGUUGGAAGAACAUUUCUGCAUGGGAACGAGAGGGCAGAGUUGGCAGGAUGGCUGUCACAGGGUGUACCUGUUGGACGAGUCUUACAAGAUGUCCGAAGUGCACCAAUCGCUGCAAGUGUGGAGAGAAUCCAUCUCCUUGAGAAAAAAGAUUUGCAUAAUAUAAAAAGGGAUUUUGAUAUUGGUUAUGCAACGAAGAAGCAUGAAAAUGAUGCAGUGAGUGUGAGAUUGUGGGUUGAAGAAAUGAAGAGACAAAGUGACAACCCAGUACUGUAUUUCAAGCAGCAAAAACAAGUGGAUCCUAAUUUUCAAGAUGAAGACUUCAUUCUUAUUAUAAUGACAGACUUUCAGGCCGAACAACUUCUAAAGUAUGGAGAAGAUAAAAUAUGUGUGGAUGGCACUCAUGGCAUGACUGCAUACGAUUUUCAACUUUUUACUAUUGUCGUUGUUGAUAGAUAUGGUGCUGGAAUGCCAGUUGCAUUUUGUUUUUCAAAUAGGGGAGACAUGUGCUUACUGUCUUUUUAUUUCAAAUGUGUGGGAGAAAGGGUGGGCACUGUAAAGACCAAUGUAUUUAUGUCUGACGAUGCACCAGCAUUAAUGCAUGGUCAGCAGUAAUGGGACCUGUGCCAAACCAGUUGCUGUGUUCUUGGCAUAUACAACGGAACUGGUCUCAGAAUUUAAGGAGAAUUUCUGGGGGUAGUGAGAAAAAAUGAGCAGUGUUUAGUUCACUAAAGCGACUUCAGACUGAACUGGAUAUAGAUGUUUUUAGUUGUAGUCUGGAGAAAGUGGUGGAAGACUUAUUGAAUGAUCCGGAUACUGCAGAAUUUGGCAGGUACUUUCUUAAGAUGUACUGCCAGCGAGUGGAAAAGUGGGCGUAUUGUUUUAGGCACCGAUUGGGCAUUAAUACAAACAAUUACUUGGAGUCCCUACAUAAAGUUAUUAAAUACAGUUAUCUAGAAGGGAAAAAGUGCAGAAGGCUGGAUAAGUCAUUAAAUGCUUUGUUAUGUUUAGUGAGAGACAAAGUAUAUGAGGGCUUAGUGAAGCUCUCAAAACGUAAGCAGUGCUCUAGGGCGUCAAGAGUGAAAGCAAGCCACAACGAUAGCUCAGCUAUAACAAAUGGGAUGAUUUUAUGCAGGGGUGAAGGGUUGUGGGAAGUGCUUUCUUCCACUGGUUGUGAAGUGUAUGUUGUUGUAAAAAAUUCAGAACUGAUAUGCGAAAGAAAAUGUUCACUUAAGUGCAACACCUGCAACAUAUGUGUACAUUCGUAUAAAUUCAGCUGUUUAGACAACAUUUUAAAUUUUAACAUAUGUAAGCAUAUACAUGCAUGU